GAUACCUGCAAUCUCUCGUAUGUGGAAGGAACGCUAGCAGAAAGGUGAAAAAAUGGGUGUUAAAACAUUCACUCAUAACUCCCCUGCUCACAGUCAGGAGAUGCUGGGAAAGCUGAACAUGCUCCGCAACGAUGGACAUUUUUGUGAUAUCACCAUCCGCGUCCAGGACAAAAUCUUCAGGGCGCACAAGGUGGUUUUGGCAGCCUGCAGCGACUUCUUCCGUUCCAAACUCGUUGGCCAAGCAGAAGACGAGAGCAAGAGCGUGUUAGACCUGCACCAUGUGACGGUGACUGGUUUUAUACCUCUUCUGGAAUACGCUUACACAGCAACACUAUCUAUUAAUACAGAAAACAUUAUUGAUGUGUUGGCCGCAGCCAGCUACAUGCAGAUGUUCAGCGUUGCUAGCACGUGCUCAGAAUUCAUGAAGUCCAGCAUUUUAUGGAAUACGCCCAACAGCCAGCAAGAGAAGGUGCUGGAUGCAGGACAGGAGAACAGCGCAAACUGCAAUUUUACUUCUCGAGACGGUAGCCUUUCUCCAGUUUCUUCUGAGUGCAGUGUAGUGGAAAGAACCAUUCCUGUUUGCCGAGAGUCACGAAGAAAGCGCAAAAGCUACAUAGUUAUGUCUCCUGAGAGCCCCCUUAAGUGUAACACACAAACAAGUUCCCCCCAAGUGCUGAAUCCUUCGACUUCUUACCCGGAGUCCAGAAAUCAGCCUGUGGACUCGUCCUUAGCUUUUCCCUGGACUUUUCCUUUUGGAAUUGAUCGAAGACUGCAGUCUGAGAAGGUGAAGCAGGCGGAGAACUCUAGGACUUUGGAAAUGCCUGGGCCCUCCGAGUCCAACAGAAGAAUUGCAGAUUACGUGACUUGUGAGAGCACAAAAGCCAGUUCUCCCCUUGUGAUUGAAGAAGACGUGCGUGUCAAAGUGGAAAGGUUAAGCGAUGAGGAGGUUCACGAGGAAGUAUCGCAGCCUGUUAGCGCAUCCCAGAGCUCUCUGAGCGAUCAACAGACAGUCCCAGGAAGCGAGCAAGUGCAGGAAGAUCUCCUGAUCAGCCCGCAGUCUUCCUCUAUAGGCUCAAUAGAUGAGGGGGUUACGGAGGGAUUACCCACACUCCAAAGUACCUCUGGCACUAACGCUCAUGCAGAUGAUGAUGAUCGUUUGGAGAACGUUCAAUAUCCCUACCAACUCUACAUUGCUCCUUCUACCAGCAGCACAGAGAGACCCAGCCCAAAUGGUCCAGACAGACCUUUUCAGUGUCCAACCUGCGGGGUCCGCUUCACUCGCAUUCAGAACUUAAAACAACACAUGCUUAUCCACUCAGGCAUUAAACCAUUUCAGUGUGACCGCUGUGGGAAAAAGUUCACCCGAGCUUACUCGCUAAAGAUGCAUCGCCUGAAGCACGAAGGUAAACGCUGUUUCCGGUGCCAGAUAUGUAGUGCCACUUUCACUUCCUUCGGGGAAUAUAAACACCACAUGCGGGUUUCCCGGCAUAUUAUCCGCAAGCCUCGGAUUUACGAGUGCAAAACAUGUGGCGCCAUGUUCACCAACUCUGGAAAUUUAAUCGUUCACCUGAGGAGCUUGAACCAUGAAGCAUCAGAGCUAGCAAACUACUUCCAGAGCAGUGACUUCCUAGUACCGGACUACUUAAACCAGGAACAAGAAGAGACCCUCGGGCAGUAUGAGCUAGGGGAGCAUGGCUUUGAAAGCAACUCUUCUGUCCAAAUGCCUGUCAUUUCACAGGUGUCGUCAACUCAGAAUUGCGAAAGCACUUUCCCCUUGGGGUCUCUGGGUGGGUUGGCAGAGAAGGAAGAAGAUGUGCCAGAGCAGCCAAAGACUAACGCCACUGCUGAGGCAGCCGCAGGUGACCCUCCAAAACCGGAGCUGUCAUCUAUUACUAUUGAAUAAUUCAUGGUUUGGUUUCAUUUUUGUUCUUUGGAAAGUGCCUGUGUUUGGUCCUGUACAUUUUAAUUUAAUUUUUUUAAACAAAAGUGGGGAGAUUUUCCCUUUUUACUUUGUAAGCUACGCUUUAAACAGAAAACUGCAACAGAUGUUACAUUAUUUUUCGUGACUGAAUGAUCACUUCUGUGAAAAUAUUUAAGACUGAAUGCACAAAAAGAUCUUGUCAGAACAUCAUGGAAGCUGUGAUACACUUCUAAAGAAGAACAACUGAUUCAGAUCACUUUAUCUAUUUCUUCUUCCACAGUUAGAGCAGCUCAUUAAGUUUCUCUUGCUUCUGCAGACCCUCUGGUUAAGGGAAAGAAAUCAGAGGAAACCUUUUUAAAAUGACAAACAAAAGGAUGCAUUGAAAAUCAUUAUUGAACAGUUUUGACUAGUUUUGAGUGGAUGCUUUAAUCUGCUGCGUAAAAAAAAAAAAAAAAAAAAAAAAAAAAAAAAGACACUUCCUAUCUCUGUGCCUGCUGUUUUUCAAAGCGCUUACUGUAAGCCUUUUCUUGGAAAUGGUAAGCAUUUUUGAAUAACAGUCACACACUUUUUAAAAACACAUUGUCCCUUUUCAUCUCAGAUGAAUCAGUUUUGACAAACCAAGUGAUGUCAUGCCAGGUAUUCCUACUUCUUAUAUUCCAGUCCUUUUAGAAACUGCUCGAUCAAAUAGCCUGUCCAGAUUUGCCCAUCUAAGGUUAGGCGUGGAAGUACUACCGUCAGGAAAAGUCUAACGGUGCAUAAUGAAUUGAGGGUGCUAGAAAAGUGUAUAUCCGUGCAAGCCUGACAAAUAUCUCAUGACUGUAUCUUUCUGCAGAAGGGGAACCACGUAUGAAAACGAAGGUUUUCCCAAACUGAAAUUCGUAAAUCGUGGCCAGAUUGUUUGCAGUUCUGGUCACUUCCCCCUACCGUAUACGCUGUAUUUUUUACUAAUCGUCAAAAGCUAGCUAGAGGGAGUUUACAGAUGGGAAAAAAUGAGCUCUUUUGUGCAUUAUUGCACAUUUUUUUGUUUAUACAUAUGCAUGUAUAGUUUCUGAGAUUUUUAUUAGUCUGCUUUGGACAAAACAAGCAAUUUAUUCUCUUUAGAGGCCAACUUUCUAACCCAACAGGGGGUUGUUUACAAAAAGCCUAUAUAGCAAUGAUGAAUCGUUCCUGUUGCAAAACAUUUUAAAUCCUUGCCAACUCGGUUUAUUAAAGGCCAUUACUCCAACUCCAUACACAGCUCAAGUAAGCAAUAAAUUGAAAGAUUUGCAAUUCCAUUUUUCCAUAUUUAGAAAAAAGCUACAAAUUUAGGGUGUGGGAUUUUCAGAGCAGCACGUCUUGUUUUGUCGAGGCUGUUUGGGCUAUAGUACUGCUUUGAAACCUAAAUUAGGAAAUACAUUAGGAGGUUUGUGAUUUUUUCUUAUUGCUUCUGAAGUUAACCCGGUGUUUGAUGCCAAAUGCCUAUCGCCUACAGAUGACAGGCUAAGCGAGUAGGUAUUACUUGAUCUUAGUAUUCCAAAGGCAUGAUUUACUCCCUUAGUUUUGAAUCUUGGUUGGUUUGGGUUUUUUUUAAUUGUUGUUUUCUGUCCGGAUUUGUUUUACGCAAACAUGAGGAGGAAAUGAAACCAACAGAGAAAGGUUGCUCCUGAAGAAACAGAAGACACAAAAGUCGUAUUAUAUUGCAAGAUCAAUUUGUAUUCAGUUAGCUUAGGCAGCUCUGAUACUCUAGGUCUGAGUUGUUUCUACUAAUAGCCAGCUUUUGUAAGGAAAAAAGUUCAUUGCCCUUUGGAAAGAGCUUAAAGGGUUUCAGUGACUUGAACAAUUUUUCUCUGCUGUGUUUUAGGUAAAAAACACACAUUUGAGUUAAACAGAGUGAAAACAGUUGGGAUUUAAGUCCUUUCCAGGUUAGUGGAAUGAAGUUUCUCCACCAGAUCCAAGGGGUGUUUUAGAAACAUGCUGCAAAGUUCUCUGCUACAAUUCAGUCUUGUAUGUCUACCUUUGUAGGUCUUCUUAAAAGGGCUUGAAGGAGAAGUUCUUUUUCUGGGAUGCUGAUUAGUCCAGUGUCUGUUGACGGGCUGAAUUGAAAGACCAGUUCUCUUCCACUUCUGAUUUCUAUAACUGGGAAGCCAGUGAGACAAGAAAAUGCCUUUUGCUGAGCUUUAUCCUGAAGUACAGGGCUAUGACACUGAACUCAAAUACAUAAUUUUCUUUUUUUCUGGUGUUACUCCACCUUGCAGGUCUAUGAGAACCCUUUGUAAUUUAUGGAGUAGAAAGUGCUCACACAGAAACACAUUUCCAGACUCUACAGAAGUAAUAAUCAAAGACGCUUAGAUAUAGACGGACAUCCUCUUCUGUCAGAAUCUGGUAAUUUGCACCCAUUAGAUAUUUUGCUAAACAGUUUAUCGGUGAGGAGAUGUGCAAAUACAGAAUAGACAUAUCUGGAUAUUGGAUUUUUAAGACUUAAAAUUUUGUGUCAGAAGGCAAACUGCUUUCUGAAUACCAAAGGGCGGGGGGGGGUGUGGGGUGUGUUUAAAAAGACUUCGUAGCUCUAAUCUGUUCUUGAAAAGAAAUGAGUAUCAUUAACGGUUAACACCUUGGUAGGAGGCAGUUCAUGGGUUUCAUUGUUCACUGCACUGUGUUACACAUUAUCUUUUCAACCCUGUAAAUCUGUGUAACAUCUUCAUUUAGCUCUCACUUUUCAGUAUGAUUCAUCUGCAGGAACAAUAGAGUUCUUAGAGGAUUUUUGGUUUGUUUGGUUUAGGGUUGGGUUUACUUGUUAAUUUUCCUGUUUGUAUUGUUUCUUGCUUAAUACCUCUUUUCUCCAUAGAAGUGAACGCAGAUUAGAUACAAGUACCGUUUUAUUUCCCCUCCCUAACUUGUUGGAAGUGUUAGGUUCUUUGAAACGCUGGUGUCCUUCACAGGAGAGAUGUAAAAAAAAAAAAAAGGUCUUAAAACCACCUCUGUUGCUAAUAUGCUUAGAAUCCAAAUUGAGCGAGAUAGAUAUCGAACUAAGCUAGAAAAAACUUGCCUUAAACGACACUAAAGCAUAAAUGUCUUUCAAUACAUUAUCAGAGGGUUUUGAACUCUGGACUGCAUUUUCUUUUUUCCUCUUUUUCUCCCCUUGCCAUCCCCCCCCCCUUCCC